AUGGAUCCGGCAGUGCGGCAAGGACUCGAGGGCCCGGAAGCAGGCAAGGAGAUCCAUAUUUGUGAUGUGUGGAUUGGUGGGAGUGUGAUCAUUCUCGCAGGCGUGACGAUCGGGCGAGGGUGCACUAUCGGUGCCGGAUCGGUUGUCACCAGGAGUGUUCCUCCCUUCCAUUUCGCCGCAGGGAACCCUGCGCGCGUCAUUCGGCGCAUCAAGACGACCAUGGAUCCGGAUCAAACGGUCAAGAACGAAGGAAACUCAGAAUAG